AUGCCCGCGGCGUUUGUCUUUGCACUCUUUGUCUUCAUGGGGCUGGCUGCGCCGGCACUCGCGGCAUUUCGAGAUGAUUGCCUGGCGCUCACACCUCAGUCAGUAGUAGCCGACUCGAUUGGAAAAGCGCUAGAAUUUGUCACAUCCGGCACGAACCUCUCUUUUCCAGGGCAAGAUGCGUCCUGCAACCGGGCAAGCCAAGUUGUCAGAACGGACCUCUGUCGGGUUGCUAUGAACCUCACGACCUCGGCGAGGUCAGAAGUUGUUACUGAGGUGUGGCUACCCGAGAAUUGGAAUGGUCGCUUGGUGACAGUUGCCGGAGGAGGGCUCGAUGGUUGUGUUCACUACGAGGAUCUCGCGUAUGCCACGGCCCACGGCUUUGCAGCUGUCGGUACGAACAACGGCCAUGCUGGGACCACUGGAGUUCAAUUUCUUGCCAACGAGGAAGUGGUGAUUGACUUCUCCUGGAGAGCACUACAUGUCGGUGUUGUUGCAGGCAAGCGGCUUUUACAACUGCUAUACAAGCGCGCAGCAACAGGCUCGUAUUUUUUGGGUUGCUCUUUAGGCGGACGUCAAGGCAUCCAAGCCGCAGACAUGUUUCCCGAAGACUUCGAUGGCAUCGUGGCCGGCGCUCCGGCCGUCAACUUCAACAACCUCUACUCCCAAAGAGCUAGUUACUUACCUCGUACUGGGGCUGCGAACUCGAAAGACUUCAUCACUCCUACGGUCUGGAAGACGACAGUUCACGAUGAAGUGCUCCGACAGUGCGACAAGAUCGACGGUGUAGAUGAUGGUAUCAUCGAGGAUCCGGCCUUGUGCAAGUUCGAUCCGGGAACGUUAUUGUGCCGUGACAACUCUACCGCUGACAGCACCGGAUGUCUUUCGAGCAAGCAAGUCGAAAUUGUAAAAGGGAUCUUUAGUCCCAUAAAUGAUGCUCAGGGAAACCUCUUUUCGCCGGGUAUGAGCCCUGGCAGCGAGAUUACCGCCGCAGAUGGACUGUACAGCGGCAAGCCUUGGGCGCUGUCUCAGAACUGGUUUCGUUAUGCUGUUUAUAAUGACCCAAGUUGGGACGCGGCAAGCUACACUCUGGAGAAAGAUGGCGUCUUUGCUGAGAAGAAAAACCCUGGUGACAUCAAAACAUACCCAAAUAAUCUCUCAGCAUUUAAGAACAGAGGUGGAAAGCUCCUGAUGUACCAUGGCCAACAAGACCAACAAAUCACGAGUUUCCGCACGCCUAUAUUUUACGACCGUCUGUCCCAGGGUAUGGGGCUGAACAGAACUGGGAUGGAUCAGUUCACCCGCUUCUUCCGCAUAUCCGGAUUGACUCAUUGCACCACAGGACCCGGCGCCUGGGUUAUUGGUCAGGGAGGCAUCGGAGGCAACGCAGCUACUAUCGCCGAUAACCUACCAUUCGACAGUACACACAACGUUCUUGCUGCAAUUGUGGACUGGGUUGAAGGUGUAGUCGCGCCAGAUACCAUAACCGGAACAAAGUUUGUCAAUGACACUGUUGAACUUGGCGUGGAUUUCCAGCGUCGGCAUUGCAGGUACCCAUUGCGAAACACCUACAUGGGCGACGGCCUGAACCCUAAGAAUGCAGAUAGUUGGAAGUGUACGUGCAGCUAG